CCUUGACCUACAUAGGUGCGCAUGCUUGCUUGGUUGCAAAAUAAAAACAAUCCGACGACGUAACACCAGAGCUGGUUAAAAAGUGGAUUGAAAUCGAGAAGGGAAAGAUCGGAGAAAGAGUAAAAAAAAAAAAGAUCAUCAUGCUGGCCCAAGAAGGUCCUGUUACUUCUACAGAGUCUAGUCCUCCACAGAAGGCAGUACGGCUGGUAGACUCUGUGAGAAAGGCAGCGUGGAUCAUAGGCUCAGCUCUCAUUACUUUUGCUGCUUUUAGGAAUUCUGUGACUUGGCAUUUACAACAAGUGUGGGGAGCAUCAGGAGAUUUUUGGCAAAGACAGUGGGAGAAAAUAUACAAUUUCUGUGAUGGAAAUGAGUUUGUCAUAGGAGUAAUUGGUGCUAAUUUGCUUGCCUUAGUAGUAUUCUGGACAUUCAAUGCACUGUUCCUGCUGGUGGAUGUCACUGGGUUUCCACAGAGUGUGCUCAAGUAUAAGAUACAGCCAGAUGCUAAUGUCCCAGUGGACCGCAAAAAGCUGAAGAAUGCAGUGCUCACAGUAUUGUUCAACCAGAUGGUGAUUGGACUCCCAGUUUGUGCUCUGUGGUUUGUGGUGAUGAGAUGGAGAGGUUGUCAGUACACGCCUGAAAGUCUUCCAACGUUUCAGUGGGUGCUUCUGGAAUUACUGGUGUUUUCACUGGCGGAGGAGUUUUUCUUUUAUUACUCACACAGGACCUUUCAUCACCCCCGCAUUUACCGCCUGAUCCACAAGCGUCACCAUGAGUGGACUGCCCCCAUAGGGAUCAUAGCACUGUACGCCCACCCCAUUGAACACAUCUUCAGUAACAUGUUACCAGUGUUCAUGGGGCCGACCAUCAUGGGAUCCCACAUGGCCACUUCUUACCUGUGGCUUGUACUGGCCCUGUUGUCAACCACCGUGUCACACUGUGGAUACCACCUGCCCUUCCUACCCUCACCUGAGGCACAUGACUUUCACCACUUCAAGUUCACCAACAACUUUGGAGUUCUUGGUGUUUUGGAUCGUCUUCAUGGCACAGAUAACCAUUUCCGUGCUUCAAAAGCUUAUGAGCGCCAUGUUUUGCUCCUCAGCUUGACUCCGAUGAGAGAAACUAUCCCAGAUGUGGUCAAAGGGAAGAAGAUGUGAGGGUGGUUCUCUCUCUUAAAUUUCUACUUUCUUGCUAAAAGAACUAGGUGUCAUUUAGGACAUAUAACUGUAUACAUGUAGCUUAUUUACAAUUCAGCUGACAUCUUUUAGACGUCCUAUUUGUUGUACAAAACAGGGUAUGUAUAUGCGUACUCUUGUUGGCAAUGAAUGAACAACGACAGAAUCUCUCUUCCUCUUUGGUUUAUAUCAUGUUAUAUUAUGUUUGAUGCUUCAACACAGUUUGGUGU